CAACUUUGGUGUUUUGAGAGUGAAUACCUUUGUUUAGAUUUUAGAAGCUACAGCAGUUUCAUCCCGCCAACUUCUCUUUGGCGCCGAAAAAUUUCUGAAGGCUCAAAUCAGGCGAAGAUAAGAAGAUCUUCUGCACCAGCUCAACAAAAUGUCGAAAAUGGAAGGCCCCAGUCGAAAGACCAAAGAUAAGGAUGCUGCAGGAAAUAAUGCGGAUGGGGAGGAGCCAGAGGAAGAAUACUCAGUUGAGAAAGUGUUGGAUAAGCGAAUACGCAAUGGCAAAGUGGAGUACUUAUUGAAGUGGAAGGGGUAUUCAAAUAGUGACGAUAACACGUGGGAACCAGAGGAGAAUUUGGACUGCCCGGACCUCAUCAGUGAAUAUGAGUCGAAGAGGGCGGAGAGCAAGAAGGGAGGAAGCGGUAGUGACACGGGGUCAACCAGUGUGAAAAAAGAAGACCGCAAACGCAAGUCGAGUGCUGUAAGCGAGGAGAAGAAAGGUUCCAGCAAGAAGAAGCACACAGAGGAAGACAACAAACCGAGGGGUUUUGAACGUGGUUUGGAGCCAGAGAAGAUUAUUGGUGCCACAGAUUCGAGUGGAGAGCUAAUGUUCCUAAUGAAGUGGAAGGGCACUGAUGAAGCAGACCUUGUACCUUCAAGCCAGGCCAAUGUGAAGUGUCCUCAGAUUGUGAUAAAGUUCUACGAGGAGCGACUGACAUGGCACACGUCCAGCCACGAUGAGGAGGAAGGAGGCAAGGCUGAGGGUGCAGCCUAACUGUGGACGCAGGCCGCACUUGGGGGUGCAUUCCAGCAGAGUUACUUCUUCUGGCUCCAUAACUAGUUCUAAGACAAAUUCCCUUUAGAUAUUUUAGAUCAGUUUUCACUUUUAAUCCAUAAUGCGCGUGCGCGCGCACACACACACACACACACACACACACACACACACACACACGGUUUUAAUUGCGCAGAGCACUUGGUAGUGUGAAAUUGACACCACACUAAAUUUCUCAGUGUUGCCUCUUUUGUGGCUGUGUUUUCAGUAGAGUGCAUAAUAAAACACACAGAAUAGUAACUUCACAUUCAUGAAUUUGAAGUGACUGAAAAUGACUUUAAGAGGAGGUGGUGGUAGUGGGAGAUCCUCCAGUUGAUCAACAUGUCUUCUGGAAAUUCAUUUAUUUUUGCAUUUCUCUUUUGUUUUCCUUAGAUUUGUCAUAUUUGCAGUUUUAAAUGUUUGAAGUAGCAGUGUUGACACUGCUUGUUGAUAGUAAAUCGUGUUAUUAACUGCAGUACUGUCUCCCACAUUUGUACAAAGGACAUGUUAAGUCUCUGUGUAUAUUCAGUAGUCUCCAUCACACAGUUUCACUUUUUGCAUGUAUAAUUGUCUGCUCUUAUUCACAAUCCUUCAUUCAUGUGGUUAGGUUUACAAUCAGAAUGUUUUAUAUUAGUGAUAAUCUUGUAUGAUAAUUUAGUAAUGUACAGGUUCCAGUUUGUGCAACUUAAUUUCUACUGCUAUAAUAAAGUGCCCAUGUGAUCUUCAGUUUUGUUUUAGAGUUUGUCAUUGUACGUUGUGAAAUGAAUGCUCUGAGUAUGUGGUAUAGUUGAGUGUGUAACAUCUCCAUAGAUUACAUUAUUCAGUGUGUAAACAUAAAAUGUUCAUCAAGGGAAUGCUUAUUACAGAGUUUCAGUAUAUAAUUUGUAAUAUUUCUCCAGCUGUAAGCUUGGCUUGUUUAAUUGCUAAGAUUCGUGUUAUACUAGUAAUAAGGAUUAUUUUUCUGUAAAGUAGUUUUGUUUAUGUGAUUUGUACAUGUAAAGUAUGGAGCCAGUAAAUUUUUACUAUUGGUUUA